AUGGCUUCCGAGGAGCUGUACGAGGUAGAAAGCAUUGUUGACAAAAGGAAAAACAAAAAAGGGAAGACAGAAUAUUUGGUUCGGUGGAAAGGCUACGACAGUGAAGAUGACACUUGGGAACCAGAACAGCAUCUUGUGAACUGUGAGGAGUACAUUCAUGAUUUUAACAGACGCCACACUGAAAAGCAGAAAGAAAGCACAUUAACCAGAACAAAUAGGACCUCUCCAAACAAUGCCCGGAAACAGAUUUCCAGGUCCACCAACAGCAAUUUUUCUAAGACCUCUCCUAAGUCACUAGUGAUUGGCAAAGACCCUGAGUCCAAAAACAGUCAAUUAUUUGCUGCCAGCCAGAAGUUCAGGAAAAACACAACUCCAUCUCUCUCAAAUCGAAAGAAUAUGGACCUAGCAAAAUCAGGUAUAAAGAUACUUGUGCCUAAGAGUCCCAUUAAGAGCAGGACCACAGUGGAUGGCUUUCAGAGUGAGAGCCCUGAGAAACUGGACCCCGUUGAGCAGGGUCAGGGGGAUACGGUGACACCGGAAGUGGCAGCUGAAAAGCCAGUCGGAGCUUUAUUGGGCCCUGGUGCAGAGCGAGCUAGAAUGGGGAGCAGGCCCCGAAUACACCCACUGGUGCCUCAGGUGUCUGGCUCCGUGACAGCAGCCAUGGCCACGGGAUUGGCAGUUAAUGGAAAAGGUACAUCUCCGUUUAUGGACGCAUUAACAGCCAAUGGAACAACCAACAUACAGACAUCUGUUACAGGAGUGACCGGGAAAAGGAAAUUUCUUGACGACAGAAGAGACCAGCCUUUUGACAAGCGGUUGCGUUUCAGUGUGAGGCAGACUGAAAGUGCCUACAGAUACAGAGAUAUUGUCGUCAGGAAGCAGGAUGGCUUCACCCACAUCUUGUUAUCAACAAAAUCAUCAGAGAAUAACUCACUAAAUCCAGAGGUAAUGAAAGAAGUCCAGAGCGCACUGAGCACGGCUGCUGCCGACGACAGCAAGCUCGUGCUGCUCAGCGCAGUGGGCAGCGUCUUCUGCUGUGGUCUCGACUUUCUGUAUUUCAUACGGCGCUUAACAGAUGACAGAAAAAGAGAAAGCACUAAAAUGGCUGAAGCUAUCAGAAACUUCGUGAAUACUUUCAUUCAGUUUAAGAAGCCUAUUAUUGUAGCAGUAAAUGGCCCUGCCAUUGGACUAGGAGCGUCCAUAUUGCCUCUUUGUGAUGUGGUUUGGGCCAAUGAAAAGGCUUGGUUUCAAACACCCUAUACUACCUUCGGACAGAGUCCAGAUGGCUGUUCCACCGUUAUGUUUCCCAAGAUUAUGGGAGGAGCAUCUGCUAAUGAAAUGUUGCUCAGUGGCCGUAAGCUGACAGCGCAGGAGGCGUGCGGCAAAGGCCUGGUCUCGCAGGUGUUCUGGCCUGGGACCUUCACUCAAGAGGUCAUGGUUCGCAUUAAGGAGCUUGCCUCGUGUAAUCCAAUUGUGCUGGAGGAAUCCAAAGCCCUCGUUCGCUGCAACAUGAAAGCAGAGCUGGAGCAGGCCAAUGAGAGGGAGUGUGAAGUGCUGAAGAAGAUCUGGGGCUCAGCCCAAGGGAUGGACUCCAUGCUGAAAUACUUGCAGCGGAAGAUCGAUGAGUUUUGA